GAAUCUGUAUUUUUAAAUGAUUGCCCUGGUAAUUCUAACGUAUAGCCAGGUUUGGUAACCGUGGAAUUGUAUAUGCAAAUUGGAGACUUCAGCCUUUUCACCCUGCACAGUUGAUAAAUCUCUAUGAAGAUAUGAAGCUUUUUAUGUGAAGCUUUUGUUGGAAAUGAAUGUCUACUGGUUAUUGCUGAUUUUUUUCAAUUCAUAAUUUGUUUUAGGUUCUGUGAUUACGUAGAUUUGCAUACCUGUUUUAUGGUAUUCUAAUACAGUUGAUUUUUUUUUAAAUGCCAUUUUCUCUGAGUUCUACUUUGAAUAUUUUAUGUAAGCAAUUUCAUGGUUGUUUUUUUUCUACUUGCAGAAAGCAGGGGGAAACAUCAGGGUUUUUCUAAUCCAGUUGCAAGUAGGACAAAGGAUAUAAUAUAAAUACUUAAAGAUCUUCUUGGGCAAGAUUACAUGAGACGUUGAAAACCUUUUAAGUUACAACAUUAUGAACUUCAGCACACCUUUUAAAUAUAUCAGAUGAUCUAAAUGUUAACAGACUUUUGCCAUAUGGUGUAUCUGAGACAUUUUAAAAUUGAGGGUGGUGGGUCUAUUUAAGUAUUAUACUGUAGGAUUUUAACAUCUGAACUUGAUCUGUCAUCUAUUAAGAUGCCUAAAAAGCAGGAGAAAGUCUCCUCCACACGUUAGCAGUUGUGUAUGUGUUUGUGCUCUUGAAGUGAGCAAGCCCAGGUUGCCGCGUGAGCGGGGGUCGGGGAGCAGGGGGAGUGUUUUUCUAGCUUCGUUCACUUAAGGUGUGCAAGAUCUCUUCUUACAGGUUUGAAGCCUCAAACUUCUGAGAGGUCUCCCUGACUGCCUUCGAGCUGAUGGUUCCUGUCACCAAGUAGACGGUUUGGUGAUCCAGGACGUGCCCCAGCUCUAGUGAUGCAGAUUGCCUUUCUGCUCUGGAACCUCAUCCAUGCCUCAGACUUGCUCCUCUCAACCUGAGACUGCGUGGAAACUGGGAUGUGGGAAGCAGGAAGCAGAGAUAGUGGUAACUGAGAGGCCCAUGUCUGGGUAGAACCAGGUCCGGGACCACAACGCUGCCUCCCCACUGGCCUGGCGGUCAGCUGCUGUGGCUCUGCUGAUGUGCUCAGCACCGUCCUUCUAUUUGUACUUAAAUGGCACAGCAUUGGGUCAGCGCAUCUGAAAAGGAAGGUGUGAGAGACAAAGCCCAUGGCCACCUACCCCUGCCAAUUAUGUGGCAAGACGUUCCUCACCCUGGAGAAGUUCACUAUCCACAAUUAUUCCCACUCCAGGGAGCGACCUUACAAGUGCUUGCAGCCAGACUGUGGCAAAGCCUUCAUUUCCAGAUAUAAAUUAAUGAGGCACAUGGCUACCCACUCGCCCCAGAAAUCCCACCAGUGUGCUCAUUGUGAGAAGACUUUCAACCGCAAAGACCACCUGAAAAACCACCUCCAGACGCACGACCCCAACAAAAUGGCCUUUGGGUGCGAGGAGUGCGGGAAGAAGUACAACACCAUGCUGGGCUACAAGAGGCACCUGGCCCUGCACGCGGCCAGCAGCGGCGACCUCACCUGCGGGGUCUGUGCCCUGGAGCUAGGGAGCACGGAGGUGCUGCUGGACCACCUCAAGGCCCACGCCGAAGAGAAGCCCCCGAGUGGAGCCAAGGAGAAGAAGCACCAGUGCGACCACUGCGAAAGGUGCUUCUACACCCGGAAAGACGUGCGGCGCCACCUGGUGGUCCACACAGGCUGCAAGGACUUCCUGUGUCAGUUCUGUGCCCAGAGGUUUGGGCGCAAAGACCACCUCACGCGACACACCAAGAAGACACACUCACAGGAGCUGAUGAAAGAGAGUCUGCAGUCCGGAGACCUUCUGAACACCUUCCACUCCCUCUCUCCCCAGUUCCAGCUGAAGGCCGCCCCGCUGCCUCCUUUCCCUUUAGGGGCUCCUGCACAGAACGGGCUUGCAAGCGGCCUGCCGGCUGAGGUACACAGCCACACCCACGGCCCCUCGGAGCAAACCUCCCAGCCUGUGCCAGCGCUGCCAGAGCUCCUGGCCCCACUCCACCCCGUAGCAUCCCCCAGCUCUCCUCCCCCACCCCUCCAGAAUCACAAGUACAACACCAGUUCUACCUCAUACUCCCCACUUGCAAGCCUGCCCCUCAAAGCGGAUACUAAAGGAUUUUGCAAUACCAAUUUGCUUGAGGACUUGCCUCUGCAAGAGCCUCAGUCACCUCACAAGCUCAACCCAGGUUUUGAUCUGGCUAAGGGAGGUGCUGGUAAAGUCAACCUGCCCAAGGAGCUACCUGCAGACGCUGUGAACCUAACAAUACCUGCCUCUUUGGACCUUUCCCCUCUGUUGGGCUUCUGGCAGCUGCCCCCUCCUGCUCCCCAGAAUGCCUUUGGGAACAGCAGUCUCAGCCUGGGGCCCGGGGAGCCUCUGCCCCCCAGGUUAAGCUGUCUGGGGCAGCAGCAGCAGGAGCCCUCCCUGGCCAUGAGCGCCAUGAGCCUGGGCCAGCUCCCCCUGCCUCCCCUCCCCCACGUGUUCCCGGCUGGCACUGGUUCAGCUAUCCUGCCUCAUUUCCACCACGCGUUCAGAUGACUGGUUUCAAAGCGCACCUUUCUUAUUCUGGAAGAUGUUUUAAGAAGCAUUUUAAACAAGCAUCAGUUAUGAUACAAGGAAAGAGUUGGAAAGCAGGACUGGAAUAUGGCUUAUUCAGUGAUGACUGGCUUGAGAGAAGAGAGUUCUCGAACUGCAUGUAUUGUGCCAAUCUGUCCUGAGUAUUCAUGCUUUGUACCAAAUUUAAUAAGCAAGUAUUCUUUAAUGGAACUGCAACCAUUGUCAUAACCGACAUCCAUAUGAGGGCUGCUAUAUAUAGGUGUUUGUCAAAUUGAACUUAAUCGUAAGCCAUGAUCAUAAUAAUGUUAACUAAAUAACUUUAUGUGGCACUGCCUAGUAAGGGAACUAUGGAAAGGUUUGGAUUUCUCCAAAAUGGGAGAAUUUUUAAAAUAAGAAAAUAACCUUUAUAUUGCAUAUUAUGACUAGGCUGUGUAUUUCUUUUCAGGGAUUUUUCUACCUUCAGGGUUGGAUGUAGUUUAGUUACUAUUGCCAUAGCCAACCUAUAGUUUUACAGAAACAAUUUCUUGUGGAAUAAUAGAUGUCUCCAUUUUAAAAAAGCAUUUUAAAUGUAGUUUGAAUAUUUUCCACAGGAUGCUACAAUGUGAGUUAUCACUUCAUUUAUCUUAAAGACUAAACUGAUUGUCAGUUACAUCUGACAGAAAAAAAAAAAAAAUCACUGUGUAACCAGGUUAAGCGGUAAAAUAAUCCAGGCGUCAGUCAAAAAAGGCAUUUUACUGACUUUAAUAUUGAUUAUAUUUUUAACAGGAAUUUAAGAAUAUUACUGGAAUUUAAAAAAUAUAUAUAUAUAUAUAUAUUAAACAAGAAUUUCCUUUGCUCUGUCUGGCUUAAAAUACUACUCUGCUUAAGUAUUUUUAAUCACCAAUAAGUAAAUGCAUUUUAAAAUUCAUCAUUUAAGUCAAUAUUAGUUUUAUUCAAAAAAGAUAACGUUUUACAAUGUAACUAUUAUCUAUCUCUUGAAUUUGGUAUCUAAUGAGUUUUUAAAAUAUAAAACCUAACCUUUUUUUAAAGCUCCUUUGUCUUUUGUGUUUAGAGGCUUUCUAUAUGAAGAUAUAUCUUACGUAUAAUAAACUCUACAAAUUCUGCACGUGGCUUGAUUAAUUUUUAUAUACAACCACACCGCGGAACUAUCCACACUGAGAUAGAAAACAGUUCCAGCUCCUUGGCUGGCUCCCUCAUGCCCCCUCCUGGCCAUUACAUCCCCUACAGAAACUACUAUU